UCUUUUAAAGCUUUUGCAAACUCUCCCAUACGCUAACAGUGCUGCAACAAUGGCGGAAACUCAAAACCACAACAAAGAAGACAACGGAACAAACUCGUUACCAGACAUUCCAGAAGAAGAUGAGCCACUGGUCGGACCCGGACCCGCCCCGGCCCGCCGCCCCAAGCGUCCGCUCCAGUUCGAACAGGCCUAUCUCGAUUCACUUCCAUCUGCUAACAUGUACGAGAAAAGUUAUAUGCAUCGAGAUGUGGUGACUCAUGUUGCGGUUUCGGCAGCUGAUUUUUUCAUUACAGGAAGUCAAGAUGGACACUUGAAAUUUUGGAAGAAAAAAGGUCUCGGCAUCGAGUUUGCCAAGCAUUUCCGAUCCCACCUCGGGCCUAUCGAAGGGCUAGCGGUUAGUGCAGACGGAUUGCUUUGCUGUACAAUUUCAAAUGACUGUUCAGUCAAAAUAUACGACGUGCAUAACUACGACAUGAUGGUGAUGUUACGUCUUCCAUACACACCCGGUGCUGUUCAAUGGGUUUAUAAACAAGGCGCGGUCAAAGCCAAAGUUGCUAUUAGCGAUAAAAAUUCUCCAUUCGUGCACAUAUACGAUGCACGGGCCGGAACAAACGAGCCCAUCAUUUCUAAACAGAUACACAUGAAUCCUGUAAAAGAGAUGAGGUACAACCCUGUUUUUGAUACUGUCGUAUCUGCGGAUACGAUGGGAAUCAUUGAUUAUUGGGAUGCAACUACGCUUCAGUUUCCAGAAACCGGGGUUAAUUUUAGAUUGAAAAGUGAUACCGAUCUUUUUGCAAUUGCCAAAUGUAAAACUUCUGUAUCUGCCAUUGAGGUAAGUGCAGAUGGUAAACAAUUUGCAAUCACAUCGCCUGAUCGUAGAAUACGUAUAUUUUGGUACAGAACAGGCAAGCUAAGACGUGUCUAUGAUGAAUCACUAGAGAAUGCUCAAGAUCUACAAAGAAGCGAUGCUCCUUUGUACCGUUUGGAAGCUAUCGACUUCGGUAGAAGAAUGGCCGUCGAAAGAGAAAUCGAAAAAACCGAAAACGUACCACAGCCAAACGCGGUAUUUGACGAAAGCUCCAAUUUCAUUAUUUAUCCAACUCUCCUCGGGAUAAAAAUCAUAAAUCUGCACACGAAUAAAGUUGCCAGAAUUUUAGGCAAAGUGGAAAAUAAUGAUCGGUUUUUAAGAAUUGCCUUAUACCAAGGUGAUCAAAGCAGUAAAAAAGUGCGAAAAAUCCCCGCUGCUGCUGCAAACGUCAAUGAAAACAAAGAACCGUUAACGGAUCCUACUCUCUUAUGCUGUGCUUUCAAGAAACACCGAAUUUAUUUAUUCAGUCGAAGAGAACCAGAGGAACCUGAAGACGCCACCAAGGGUAGAGACGUCUUUAACGAAAAACCACCUGCCGAUGAACUUAUGGCUGCUUCAGAAAUCGGAAAGUCCGUUACAACAUCGCUUCCAGAGAACGUUGUUAUGCAUACAACACUUGGGGAUAUCCACAUGAAACUGUACCCAGAAGAGUGUCCGAAAACCGUAGAGAAUUUCACAACGCACUGUAAAAACGGUUAUUAUGAUAACUUAAUAUUCCAUCGGGUUAUCAAAGGUUUUAUGAUACAAACCGGAGACCCUCUGGGAGACGGGACAGGCGGACAAUCUAUUUGGGGACGAGAAUUCGAAGAUGAAUUUCACAAAAGUUUGAGACACGACAGGCCGUUUACAUUGUCGAUGGCAAACGCGGGCCCGAACACAAACGGGUCGCAGUUCUUUAUUACCACGGUUGCUACACCGUGGCUGGAUAAUAAGCAUACGGUUUUUGGUAGAGUUAUAAAGGGCAUGGAUGUUGUUCAGGCAAUCGAGAAAGUGAAGACCGACAAGGGAGAUAAACCGUACCAAGAUGUUAAAAUCUUGAACGUGACGGUUCCCAAAUCGUGAUUGAUGAUCUGCGUCAUGUACGCUGGAUUAAAUCAAAGGUUCUGAAUUAGGUACAUAUUUACCUAAUUACCCUCUCGUUUUGUUGACCGAGUUUACAAAGUAACUAACAACUACCACACCGGACAGUUGUGACUGUUAUAAAAGCCGAUCUGUACGUCAAAUGUUCUUUCCAGGUUUACUUUUUAAGGUCUGCCAAGAAUUGAAGAACACCUUCAUGUUAUAUUUGUACCUUGGAUCCAUAAAUCCCUGUUGUGUUUUUAUUUAUCAUCAUCCAAAGGAUCAAUGUGGGUUCUUGAUCUCAAAUCUUGUAUUUGACUGUAAAAAUACAUGGGUUGCACGAUUAACUAUCGGUUACAAGAA